UUCGUAAUUGGCGGCGCAGGCGCAUUAGGAAACCAGCAUGUUAUCCAAAGCACGGGUACUGUUUUCCCGCACACUCGUCCACCAUGGAUCGGUGGUUAAAGUGCUCGGCCCGGCCCCCCAACACUACCGGUCCUUACACGUUUCCGAGGCGAAUGUUCUGCCGACGGAAGUGAAUCGCCAGUCACCAGAAUUUAAGGAAAACUAUGGCCAGAUGAGCGAACUGGUUGGCAACCUGAAACGUGUCACCGAAAAUGUGCUUGCUGGCGGUGGGCCGGAAGCGAUCAAACGGCACACAUCGAAAGGGAAAUUGUUGGCACGCGAUCGUAUCAAUCGGCUCGUCGAUCCGGGCUCUCCGUUUCUCGAGCUUUCUACACUGGCCGCACACGACAUGUACGGGAAAGAUGUCGUCAAUUCGGCCGGGAUUGUGACGGGUAUCGGGCGGGUGCAGGGUGUCGAGUGUGUGAUCGUGGCAAACGAUGCGACUGUUAAGGGUGGCACGUACUAUCCCAUCACGGUGAAGAAGCAUCUGCGUGCGCAAGAGAUCGCCCAGGAGAACAAUCUGCCGUGCAUUUACUUGGUCGAUUCGGGUGGUGCGAACUUGCCCCGCCAGGCGGAUGUGUUUCCGGACAAGAUGCACUUCGGAAGGAUUUUUUACAACCAAGCAAACAUGUCGGCCCGUGGCAUUCCGCAAAUUGCGGUCGUGAUGGGCAGCUGUACGGCUGGCGGUGCAUACGUGCCAGCGAUGGCCGAUGAAAGUAUCAUAGUGAAGCGGCAAGGAACUAUCUUUCUGGCCGGUCCGCCGCUGGUGAAGGCUGCCACCGGCGAGGUAGUGUCGGCGGAAGAUCUUGGCGGAGCGGAUCUACACUGUCGCACGUCCGGUGUCACCGAUCAUUACGCGGUGGAUGAUGAGCAUGCCCUGUACCUUGCACGCCAGGUCGUGAAGAAUCUGAACCGUCCGGGCAGUGCGGGUUACAACGAGCUGGCCGGCAGCAGUACGGCAACUAUAAUGGAACGAGAUGGACUUUCUUUUGGUUCCGAGCCAGAAGCACCACGCUAUCCGGCAUCCGAUCUGUAUGGAAUCGUCGGUUCGAACCUCACGAAAACGUUUGACGUGCGGGAAGUAAUAGCACGCAUCGUCGACGGUAGUCGGUUUACCGAGUUUAAGAAGUUUUACGGCGAAACGAUAGUGUGCGGGUAUGCUCACCUUUACGGACAGCUGGUCGGCAUCGUCGGCAACAAUGGUGUGCUGUUUUCGGAAAGUGCCCUCAAGGGAGCACACUUCAUUCAGCUCUGUGCCCAGAAGCGCAUUCCGUUGCUGUUUCUGCAGAACAUUACCGGGUUCAUGGUGGGGCGCGAUGCGGAAGCAGGCGGUAUCGCGAAGAACGGUGCCAAGAUGGUAACGGCCGUUGCCUGUGCAAAUGUGCCGAAGCUGACACUCAUCAUCGGGGGUUCGUAUGGGGCCGGUAAUUACGGCAUGUGUGGACGAGCUUAUUCGCCCCGCUUUCUGUACAUGUGGCCAAACAGUCGCAUUUCUGUGAUGGGUGGAUCGCAAGCGGCCGGUGUGCUGGCACAAAUCACCGAAGAGCAGUACCGCCGUACGGGACGCGAAUGGACGGAAGAGAUCGGCAACCGUAUCAAAGCGCCGAUCGUGCAGCAGUUCGAAGCGGAAGGAUCACCGUACUACAGCACUGCCCGGCUGUGGGACGACGGGAUCAUCGAUCCGGUCGAUACGCGGCGCGUGCUGGGCCUUAGCUUGCAGGCGGCCCUUAAUCAACCGAUCGGCGAAACACGUUUCGGUGUGUUCCGGAUGUAAAAUGUGGAGUCCAUUAGUGCGGGG